GUCGUGAGCUAGGUUGAGCUAGGCUUGCGUCUACAGCGGCAACUCAUUCCUCUCCAAGAAGGUCCCUCGUCUGUACAACCAGCAUUCUGUGAUGACAUUACGAAAUGCCGUUUACGCUUAUCAGACACCCCUGCUCGCUGCGAGGGAUGUGCAGUACCAUUGCCUCUCCUGGCAGAGAUCUGAAGCUAUCCGUCAGCGCAUAUCAUGGUGGCCUUACAGUAUGUAUGCCAUGUGGGGGGUUGAGACUCCCCGUGAUGUCAAGGAAUCAAUACUGUCUGCGAGUUCGGAGGUUGAACUCGGUGCUGAUCCAUCGAUAAUAAUGCUUAAUAAAUAAGUGAAUCUGUCAUAUAUAGCAUGGUGGAUGGAUCUCGAUCGUUGAAGCGUUGGCCCCAAGCUCAACAACGCUCAACCUUAACCUCCAGAGGCACUGCUUUCCCCAGAAACCGGCCAUGGCGGGCACCGUCGUAUUCGUGCCUCCCCUUUCACAGGCAUUUGGAUAUGGGAUUAUUCUCGGAUUAGGAUUUGCUUUUGCGUUUGUUAUGAUUUUCAUUACUUGGGCUUUGAGGAGGUAUCAACAUGAAGUGCAGACGUCUGAGAUGUUCUCGACUGCGGGACGGUCCGUGAAAUCUGGGCUUGUCGCUGCUACGGUGGUUAGUAGUUGGACGUGGGCUGCAACGCUCCUUCAGUCGACUGCCGUUGCCUACAAAUAUGGUGUUUCAGGACCAUUCUUCUACGCGUCUGGUUGGUGUCUUCAUGCAUAUUAUCUAGCUAAGGAACGGUUGGGUUGACGAUCAUGUUGGGGAUUAGGUGCAACGGUGCAGAUCAUCCUUUUCGCAACGCUCGCCAUUGAGCUGAAGAGACGAGCCCCAAAUGCCCAUACCUUCCUGGAAGUUGUUCGCGCUCGAUAUGGGACCGUAGUACAUGUUGUAUUCAUCGUGUUCUGUCUGAUGACCAAUAUUCUUGUCACUGCCAUGCUGCUCACUGGUGGUUCGGCUGUCCUGACGGCCAUGACCGGGGUGCAUACAGUUGCGGCAUGUUUCCUACUCCCCAUUGGCGUUGUCCUUUAUACUGUCUUUGGAGGUAUCAAAGCAACCUUUAUCACGGACUACAUGCAUACCGUGGUCAUCAUCGUUGUCAUCUUUCUCUUUGCGUUCUCUGCCUACGCGACAAACUCUACCCUCGGGUCUCCUGGAAAGGUCUAUGAUGCCCUGAUCGCGGCAGGCAAGGCUUUUCCCGUCGACGGAAACGCCGGCGGCAGCUAUCUCACCAUGAGAUCGAAGGAGGGAGGUAUCUUCUGGGUAAUUAACCUUGUUGGCAAUUUUGGUACUGUUUUCCUUGAUAACGGAUAUUACAACAAAGCCAUUGCUGCAAGCCCGGUCCACGCCUUCCCCGGAUAUGUUUUGGGGGGUCUUUGCUGGUUUGCGAUUCCCUGGCUCUGUGCCACGACCAUGGGACUUUCUGCACUUUCUUUGGAGGGCUCGCAGCGGAUCAGCGCAGACGACGUCACGGCUGGUCUAGUCUUGCCAUACGCUGCCAUCAAACUACUGGGUUACAGUGGAGCAGUAGCUACAACGCUCAUGAUAUUCAUGGCUGUGACGUCCGCCUUCUCGGCCCAGCUAAUCGCGGUUUCUUCCGUCUUCACCUACGACAUCUAUCAGGCUUACAUCGAUCGCACAACUAAGGGAAAGAGACUUGUCUGGGUCUCCCAUAUGACUUGUAUCGUCUACGCCCUCAUUAUGGCCGGGUUUUCUACGGGUCUUUACUAUGCUGGUGUGGGUAUGGGAUACCUUUACCUGCUUAUGGGCGUCAUUAUCUCUUCUGCUGUGAUCCCGGGGGCGAUGACUCUGCUUUGGAAAGACCAGAACUGGGUGGCUGCUGCUGCCUCGCCAGUCAUGGGUCUCGCAGUGUCGCUAAUUGCGUGGCUCGUUACCGCCAAAUCGCAGUAUGGAACUUUGAAUGUGACCACUACGGGGGCAAACUACCCAAUGCUGGCAGGCAACGUUGCAGCCUUGCUAAGUCCUAUCGUCUUCAUCCCGGUCCUGACUUACGUUUUUGGCCCUCAGAACUAUGACUACGAGUCCAUGCGUAACAUCCGCAAGGUGGACGACACAGAUGUCGCGGCAGCGGCGCAUGUCGACAUCGAGCUUAUCCCUGGCCAAACCACAGACCCCUCCCCGCCCACAACAACAGCUAACAACGUUGCCGCCUACAAAGAGGAAGAAGAAGCCACUAAACUAAACAGAGCAGCCCUCUAUUCGCGUACUCUAACCAUCAUCAUGGUCCUCUGUUUCCUAAUCCUCUGGCCGAUCCCCAUGUACGGAACCUCGUACGUAUUCAGCAAACCAUUUUUCACCGGCUGGGUCAUCGUGGGCAUCAUCUGGUUAUUCUUCACUGCAUUUGGUGUCAUCGUGUUCCCUCUAUUCGAGGGACGCGAGAGCAUGCUACGUGUUGUGCGGAUGAUGAUGCUUGAUAUUACGGGCAAGAAACCGUCUGCAUAUUACGGGAGGGAGUCUGAUGAGUCUGAAAAUGCCGAUGGAGAUAUGAAUGAGAAUACGGUGGUGACGGGUCAUAUUUUUGGGAAGUCUAGUAAAGAGGCCUCGUGAGAGAGAGAUGAACCCUGUUGAGAUGGUUUAUUUAUUGUCUUUAUGAGAUAUAGCUUUGAUACCUGAGUCGAUAAUUGGGAUAUAAUUGUUAAGUCGGUAUAAAAGAGCCAUGGCUCGCUAAAUGCAUCUUGUCUUGACAUAUGUCCCAGAAGUGAUAGAGCAAAUGACACAGAUUGCCCAUGGAUAUAGACCCAGCAGUACUCGAAGAGACAGCUAUUAAUAAAAUGAACCGAAACCAAUGCAAAUCAUGCAUGAAGAGCAUCAUUAUAACAAUGACCGCAAUUAACGGAAGAAGUAACUAACCCCAAACAAACAACAGAGCGUCAAUAAAACAAUCAGACAGGAAGGGAAGGGGAGGGGUGCGGCGGCUGGAAAGAGUUUAUAAAGC